AUCAGUCUGCGUGUAGCCGAAGAAUAAAGCAAAUACCGCGCAGUAUCCGCACAAUUAUCAAAGAAUUAAGGGUUUAAUUAAAGCAGUAUGUGUGAAGGGCCCUCAGCGAUCUCUGGUCCCAUUCCUCCAGACCCCACACUGUUUCCUGAAUAUUACAAACGCCCGUCCUCUGCUCGUGGUCGGCUGGAGGGAAACGCUCAGAACGGCUCGUCUCCUCUUCUGAAGGGUCCGUUAGCACCAGAUCCUGGGUGUUACAGCGCCCGCUGCACCCCUCGACCCCGCAUCGGUGCCAACGCCGCUCACAUCCUAGAGAGAGGACAGAGAGGGGUUGUGGGAGACCUGCUGAAGCUGGAGGGAGUGGCGCUGAACCCCAGUCCAGCCAAACCUA